UCUACAUUUUCCUUAUUUCUACAGGAAAAAGAGGCGAAGAAGGAAGCUUUUAGGAAGUAUUUAGAAUCUAGUGGAGUUUUUGAUGCUCUGACCAAAGUCCUUGUUGUACUAUAUGAGCAGAAUGACAAAGCCUCUUCUGAUGUUGAGUUUGUCCAACAGAAGUUAGGUGGUCCAAUUGUGUCUGAAUAUGAAAAGCUACAAGCUGACAUGUUAGAUCUGCAAAUAAAGUAUAAUGAGUUCUUGCUAGCGCACCAAGAGACCUGCAGACAGGCAUGACUUCAAUCACUUAUUAUGGCAGC